ACAGAUCCAUCAUAUUCAUCUUUGGUUCUCCUUCUCCUUUUCUAUCUCUCUGCAAAAUUUUCGUCUUUCUUCUUCUCGCCCCAACCAAAAUUUUAUUUAUUAAAUUCUCAGGUUUUUACUUCAUUUUCAAUCCCAUCUUACCUCUUUCUGAUUUCUUUUUGUUUUCUCUAGUGUUAUCCUGAUUUUUUUUUUUUUGACUUUGAUCAAUCAAGCCACCAACUCGCCCAAUUAAAAAAAAAAAAAAAAAAAAAUUCACAGUAAGUCUUUGUGUCAUGUUUAAAUUUUCAUCACUUAACAAACGAUUUCGAUCUCAUUUACUUCUCAGAGAAUGCUGAAUUUCGCUUAGAAAAAGUUUCACUCUUUCUUCAAUUGCUGUGAGAAAUCAGGCAAUGUGAAACGUUGAUCCGUAGCAGUUUUGUUUCUUGAUUUCAGAUUUAGGGUUUUUGUGUCUCCAUCGUCUCUCAUAAAAACAUCAUAAGUUAUUAUUUAUUUUAUUUUUUUGGUAAAAACAUCAUAAGUUAUUGUUUGAGAUGAAGUCAAUAUAUAUAGACAUUGUUGAGAGUCAAAUAGGUUAAUCAUGCGAGUAAUCAUUAGCUUGCAUCAGGAAACAGAACAAUAAAAAUGGGAGUAAUCAUUAGCUUUUAUAAUCAUGCAUUGUAUUGCAAAUUGUUGAAAAUAAGAGAUAGUUUGAGCAAUUGAGAAUGCCAUCUAUAUUGUUCUGUGUUGAAGAAUUAUAAACUAAGAUUUAGAGCUAUGGAUACGUUUGUUUAUUUACUUGCACACAGAUUCUUUCUUCAAAAAGAUACAAAACCUCAGGCAUGUCGGCUAAAAAUGGCAUUAAGCUUUUCAACAUAUUUUUAUGGAACAAUUUUUUUGUCAAUGUUCUAAUCUGUUUUUUCUCACUCAUUCUUGUAUAUCAUAGUGACAGGCAAAGUCAUUGUAAUAAUGGGAGUAAGCGGAGCAGGAAAAUCGUAAGAUGUUGGGAAAAGCUCUAGAUUGUGAUUUUCUUGAUGCAGAUGAUUUUCACUCUCUAUCAAACAGAGAUAAGAUGAGCCAAGGCAUUGCUCUUUCAGAUGAAGACCGGAAGCCAUGGCUUGAAACAUUACAGGGGAGUUUGCGAAAACGUUUACUCAAUGGAGAAACCGUUGUUCUCGCUUGUUCUUCAUUGAGAAAACAGUAUAGAGAAAUCUUGAGAGGCUCUGAUCCUGAUUACAAACCUGGAAGCUAUUCGAGCUGCAAAGUGAAGUUUGUGUUGUUGGAAGGUAAUGCAGAGGUGAUCGCUGCUCGGUUACAGAAGAGAGCUUCUGAGGGAGAACACUUCAUGCCUCUCACUCUUCUUCAGUCUCAGUUUGAUCUGCUUCAAGCUGAUGAUGACUGUGAAAUGAUAUUCAAAGUCAGUGUGGUUCUAAGCCCUGAGGUUAUAGUUAAGUCAAUUCUUGAAAUGGUAACAAAUUCUUUGAACCCUUGAGAAGACAUAUGAAAUUCUCAGCACAUUUGUAUUAUUGUAUUACUUCUAUUCUACAUUGACUAUAUAUAAUAAGCAAAACUUACUUUCCGAGUA